CUAGAAAUAAUCGAAAAAAUAAGGCGGAGAAGAAAAAAAGUUCAUGGACCAAACAUAUACACGAUUGCCAUAUGUACACAGGCCACAUCUAGUAUAAAUCGAAGCAUCAGUCAUUAUGAAUCUGUUUUGAUUCUGAAUCUUCAAAUUCCUAAUAAAACAUGGCACUUCGAUUCCCCUCUCUCCAAUUCAUUUCCAAUUUCGCAAGUGCAAGUAAAGGAGUGGGAGGAAUGUUUACAGGCAUGUCUUAUGUCUAUGUUAAUUUACUUAAUUUUGAAAAAUCUCCAAAGAUAAUUUGUUGUUUGUGUUGGAUAGAUGGAUAUGCUUGUGUUAAUAUUUGAAAUAUUACCUACAGAUAGUGUUCAAUUGACUGCCAGCAAUAGGAUAUUUCCAGGCAGGAUUAGACGAGCAGUGUACAGUCGGCCAUUGUUUAAGUAUUUACGCGCGUCGUUUAGUGCCUCGGUGGCUCGACCUGCAUUAGAAAAUAGGGGAAGUAGCAGUUCGGACUUUUUGAGGGAUAAAAGUAUGGUCCCUGAUGCUGAUCCGCCUAGCACAAAAGACAUCAAUCUUUUGUAUCAAUUCUUUGAUCGGAGUACCAAGCUUGUUGUCUUGACUGGUGCUGGAAUCAGUACAGAGAGUGGGAUUCCUGAUUAUAGAAGCCCUAAUGGAGCUUACAGUACUGGUUUCAAGCCGAUCACACAUCAGGAAUUUGUGCGUUCAAGUCGGGCUCGUAGGCGGUAUUGGGCAAGAAGCUAUGCUGGAUGGAGGCGGUUUACUAAAGCACAGCCUAGCGCUGCUCAUCUUGCUUUAGCAGCUCUUGAAAAGGCCAGCAAAAUAAGUUUUAUGAUCACACAAAAUGUUGAGAGGCUCCAUCAUCGUGCUGGUAGCAGUCCACUUGAAUUACAUGGCACUGUGUAUACUGUUGGUUGUUUAGAUUGUGGUUUUUCUUUCCCCCGUCAAUUGUUUCAAGACCAAGUGAAGACACUUAACCCAAAGUGGGCAGAAGCAAUUGAAAGUUUAGACUAUGAUAGCCAGUCAGAUAAUAGCUUUGGAAUGAAGCAAAGGCCUGAUGGCGACAUUGAAAUUGACGAGAAAUUUUGGGAGGAAGCUUUCAAUAUUCCGACUUGCUCGAAAUGCAAUGGAAUACUUAAACCUGAUGUUGUCUUCUUUGGUGAUAAUGUUCCCAAGGAUAAAGCAGAUGCAGCAAUGGAAGCAGCUAAAGGAUGUGAUGCUUUUCUUGUACUUGGUUCAUCUGUCAUGACAAUGUCAGCUUUUCGACUUGUAAGAGCUGCGCGUGAGGCAGGAGCUGCUAUUGGAAUUGUAAAUCUAGGCGUUACAAGAGCUGAUGGAAUUGUUGAUCUGAAGAUCAAUGCUCGCUUGGGAGAGAUACUCCCAAGAUUACUUGACACUGGAUCACUAAGCAUUCCUGCUUCAGCUUUGUGAUCUUUAGGAAGAAAGUAGAUUGUUGCAGGAUUUGUGGAUGAGAACGUAUGGUCAGAAUGGAGUAUAAUAAUUUGGUGUAAGUAUUUCUGAUAUGCUGAGAGGCCCCAUCUAGUGGUUUGUAAAUCGAAGAUGAUGCAGGAGAUGUGUAGUAUCAUAAGAUGUAAAUUAUUUGUUGUUGCUGAUUGUCUGCAUAAUGUCUGUUUUUAAUUUUUUGUAUUAGGAAAAUGACAAGUUUGUAUAGGACAUUGGUUAAUUUUAUAAAGUCCAGGUUUGUUGUUGUAAGAAGUCAGAGAACAGUUUCCCCCAAAUGUGAAACUGCAUUUAGAGCAGGACUACAAUCAUACGAAAUUGGAAUGCAGCGUAUAGCUGAUUAAUUUCAUUUGAAUAGGCAAGUUCUUCUUCAA